CCUGUCGCCUCUGCCAUCCCAACUUGCGGUGUUCCGUGCAUCCAAUCCGCCGCGUCCGCCGUUGGUUGUGGCGGAGUUGAUUAUGCGUGCCGAUGCACUAACUCUGCUGCGAUUCAAAGCGAUGCCCUUGGAUGUGUAGUAGGCAACUGUGGAAUUGCCACGGCGUUGCAGGUGCAAGCUAGCGCAAGUGCGGUUUGU